AUGGGCUCUUCGAACAAGCGCCCCUCAGACGGUGCGCUAUCUUCGACUAUUGAUUUCACAUUGCCACAUACCCUGAGCGAUACCGUUCGUGAGUCCGAAGCGCUAUCGACAGGCCCAGAAACAUUCUUCAUCUGGUUCACUGUAACAGACACAGGCCGAGGUAUCAAGCCAGACGAGAAGACCAAGCUAUUUUCACGCUUCCAGCAAGCAUCUCCACGAACAUACUCAAAAUAUGGCGGCUCAGGAUUAGGUCUAUUCAUCAGCAGAGAACUCGCAGAACUUCAAGGUGGCGAAAUAGGCAUCGCCACCGAACUCGACGUUGGCUCAACCUUUGCAUUCUUCGUAAAGACGCGCCCGACCACGCCUGUGGUAGAACAACGACCCGUCAACGAGUUUCCCUUGCGCCCUCGUAGCGGAUCUGCCCAGACGAGCUUCAGCAACGAGAUAGCACAAAUCCACGUCUUGGUCGCAGAGGACAACAAGGUCAACCAAAAAGUACUCAAGCGCCAGCUCACCAAUAAAGGCUACGUAGUCUGGACAGCAGACAACGGCCAAGAAGCCGUCGACUUCCUACGCCAAACCCGUUAUUGGAACAAUGCCGACAAACCAAAGGCCCAUCAAGAAAAAGAGCUUCAUGUUAUCCUUAUGGACACGGAAAUGCCCGUUAUGGAUGGCCUCAGCGCCGCCAAAGAGAUACGCGAUAUGCAGAGAUCGGGGACGUUGAAGGGUCAUGUGCCCAUCCUCAGUGUUUCUGCAAAUGCAAGGCCUGAGCAGACCAGUAUGGCUAUUGCGGCCGGCAUGGACGAUUCCAUCAGUAAACCUUUCAGGAUUGCGGAUUUGACGCCAAAGAUCGAUCGACUUGCUGAUUUGGCACAUGCUACUUAG